AUUGAGUAUUCAGUUCCCGAAUCAUCGAACAAGUUGAGGAAUCAUGCUACGUCUCCUGAGGAAAGUCCAACCCCUAAGGGCCUACUCGUCAGCUGCCCUCCCGGCUCCUGAAAUCAACCCCUCGAUAAUGUACUGUGGGGUAUUCAUCAACAACGAAUGGCGAAAAUCAGAGUCUGGCAAGACCUUCGAAACGAAGAAUCCCUCCACCGGGGAGGUAAUCGCCGAGGUUCAGGAAGGCGAUGCAGCCGACGUGGAUGCAGCUGUUGCAGCAGCCAAGAAGGCAUUUCGUCUCGGUUCAACAUGGAGAAGGAUGGAUGCCUCUCACCGGGGGGUCCUCCUGAACAAACUGGCUGACCUCAUGCAACGAGAUCGAACGUAUCUGGCGUCACUGGAGACCUUGGACAACGGCAAGCCGUAUGCCACUGCUUAUGGCUUCGACGUGGCCGCCAGUGCAUCGGUUCUGAGGUACUUCGCUGGCUGGGCUGACAAGAAUCAUGGGAAGGUCAUUCCCAUGGAUGGGAAUUUCAUGGCGUACACCAGGCACGAACCUGUUGGAGUCUGUGGCCAGAUCAUCCCUUGGAAUUUUCCCAUGCUGAUGAUGGCCUGGAAGAUUGCACCAGCCCUGGCCACGGGCAACACCGUUGUCUUGAAGCCUGCAGAGCAGACACCACUGACUGCUCUGUACAUAGCACAAUUGACUAAGGAAGCUGGUUUUCCUCCGGGUGUUGUCAACGUGGUACCUGGGUUUGGACGCGCUGGGGCUGCUAUUGUCGCUCAUAAUGACGUGGAUAAGGUCGCCUUCACGGGGUCGACUGAGGUGGGAAAACUUGUUAAACAAGGAGCUGCCAUGAGUAAUCUGAAGAGAACUAGUUUGGAACUAGGGGGAAAGUCACCCAACAUCAUCUUCAAGGAUGCCAAUCUGGAUCAUGCUGUUGAGACCGCACAUUUUGGACUAUUUUUCAAUAUGGGCCAGUGCUGCUGCGCUGGCUCCAGGACUUUUGUCGAGGAUGAUAUCUAUGAUGAGUUUGUGGAGAAGAGUGUCAAGAGGACACAGAAGAGGACCGUUGGAGAUCCUUUUGAUCUUACCAUUGAACAUGGGCCACAGAUUGAUGAGGAUCAAAUGAUCAAGAUCCUCUCCCUGAUUGAGUCUGGAAAAUCACAAGGUGCUAAAUUGGAGACCGGAGGCACGAGAGUAGGGGACAAGGGAUAUUUCGUCGCCCCAACAGUGUUUGCUGAUGUUCAGGACGACAUGACGAUUGCUCGCGAAGAAAUUUUCGGUCCUGUACAGCAGAUUCUCAAGUUCAGUGAGAUUGAUGAGGUCAUUCAUCGUGCCAAUAAAACUGAUUAUGGCCUGGCAGCCGCUGUCUUCACUAAAGAUAUUGAUAAGGCAAAUCAUUUGAUUCAGGGCUUGAGAGCUGGAACCGUCUGGGUUAACACUUAUAACACCCUAUCAUCUCAAAUGCCCUUCGGUGGUUACAAAAUGUCCGGACAAGGAAGGGAGUGCGGUGAAUAUGGACUCGAGGCUUAUACAGAAGUAAAGAGCGUCAUCAUGAAGGUCCACGAGAAGAAUAGUUAAAUACUAUAAAAAAGACUCAAAAGAAAUGUACAAAGUCGUAUUUUCGAUAUGAAAUACUCAGAUAUUUACAUGUGGUGCACAAUACGAGAUUUUUCAUACAUAUUUUUUUAAUUUCUUGUACUUAUUAAAAAUUACAUUAUUCCAACGAUUGGUGCUUGAAUCACAAUUAUGGUAGAAUAAAGGAUGAAAAUAAAUUCCAA